CACACACCGUGUUUGUGGCCACAACCAUUUCUCUCCUGCCUCUACAUCGAACAUCGCGCGAGGUGUCACGCUAUAGUUGUAGCAGAGUGCGCGAGCUGAGUCUUUGCUGGGGUUAACGCCAGUCUUCCCCCCUGGCAGUUCGCGGCACACUCCGUCAGUCUUCCAUUCUCUCUAACGGCAGAGCAUUGCUUGCGCCGAAACCGCGGAGGUCACGAGCUGUCUUAUUUUGUCAUGCUCCGCGAAUUGCACCCUCUAAGCGCACCAAUUCGCUGCCAGAUUCUCGACGGUGGAGGAGGCUACCAAAACCGCACGAUGUGCCCUCGUCAAACGGAAGAAGUUAAAAUAGUGGCGGCGUAUUGAAACAAAAGUGUACAGUCGAGCAAAGGGAGAAAAAAAGCAAGAGUGGAUCUGCAAAGAUGAUCUGUGACGGACGGACUGAGAGGCGUUAAGUGUGAGCGGUCCAACUUCACCUGCUUGGUUCUGAGUUCGGUUCGCAUCCGGACCACCUUCUGUAACCAUGCCGGUGCGAAGGGGACACGUUGCGCCACAGAACACCUUCCUUGGAACCAUCAUCCGAAAAUUCGAGGGGCUAAACAAGAAGUUCGUUAUAGCCAACGCACGGGUUCAAAACUGCGCUAUCAUCUACUGCAAUGAUUUGUUUUGCGAGAUGACAGGCUUCUCGCGGCCGGACGUGAUGCAGAAGGCCUGCACCUGUGACUUCCUCUACGGGGAGCUCACCAAACGCCACGCUAUCGCGCAGGUGGCACAGGCCCUGCUGGGUUCUGAGGAACGCAAGGUUGAGAUCACCUACUACCGCAAGGAUGGCUCGGACUUCCUGUGCAACACACACAUCAUCCCGGUGAGGAAUGAGGAGGGCGUGGUGAUGCUGUUCAUCCUGAACUUUGACUACGUGCUGGAGAGGGACAGCCUGGAGUCACUGCAGAGACUCAAUCACACCUCGCCCGCCAAACCAGAGCACCGUCGGAGUCGUUUCUUCCGGUUCCGUCUCCCCGGUCUGGGCCUGUUGGGCCUGAGCAAGCAGUCUCUCCCGCAGGAGGACCCUGACGGGGUGACUGUGGACUCCCCCAGACGCCGCGCCUCCUCCUCUUCCUCCUCUUCCUCCUCCUCCGCUGCCUCCUCCCUCACCGGUCGGGACCUGCAGCCCACCACGAGAGACAGCUGCAGCCCGUCCUACGGCAAUGACACGCGGUCCCUCAUCCGACCCGGCACCGGUACCGUAUCCGGUCCUGCCGGGUCGCACCACGGCUCGGCCUCAGCCCUCUCGGGGCCCCUGGACCACUCAUCCCCCAGGAGCCCCUGGGAGAGGCUGGCCCCCCAGAAGGUCGGCCCCGCUGACAGCUCCUGCAGCCUGAGGAGGGCCUCGUCCGUCCACGACAUCGAGGGCUUCAGCUCCAACAACAAGGCGUUCAGGGACCGCCACGCCAGCGAAGGUCCGUUCAAUCAGAUCAAGUCCAGUCUUCUGGGCUCCACGUCGGACUCCAAUCUGCACAAGUACAGCACCAUCAAUAAAAUCCCUCUCAUCGCACUCAACUUCGCCGAGACCAACAAUGACAAGAAGGUGCCCUCGCCGACCUCCUCCGAGAAGACCAUCAUCGCCGCCAAGGUCAAAGACAGGACACACAACGUCACAGAGAAGGUCACACAGGUCCUGUCCCUGGGUGCGGACGUGCUCCCCGAGUACAAGCUCCAGACGACGCGCAUGGACAAGUUCACCAUCCUCCACUACAGUCCCUUCAAGGCCGUCUGGGAUUGGCUGAUCCUGCUGCUCGUCAUCUACACGGCCAUCUUCACGCCCUACUCGGCCGCCUUCCUCCUCAACGACAUCGAGGAGCAGAGGAGGCGCGAGUGCGGCUACUCCUGCAGCCCCCUGAACGUGGUGGACCUGAUGGUGGACAUCAUGUUCAUCGUGGACAUCCUCAUCAACUUCCGCACCACCUACGUCAACGCCAACGAGGAGGUGGUCAGCCACCCCGCCAAGAUCGCCGUGCACUACUUCAAGGGCUGGUUCCUCAUCGACAUGGUGGCGGCCAUCCCCUUCGACCUGCUCAUCUUUGGGUCAGGGUCAGAGGAGACCACCACCCUGAUUGGCCUGCUGAAGACAGCUCGGCUGCUGCGAUUGGUCCGCGUGGCCCGCAAGCUGGACCGCUACUCGGAGUACGGCGCGGCCGUCCUCAUGCUCCUCAUGUGCAUCUUCGCCCUCAUCGCCCACUGGCUGGCCUGCAUCUGGUACGCCAUCGGCAACGUGGAGCAGCCCUACCUGGAGCACAAGAUCGGCUGGCUGGACAACCUGGGCCUGAGCAUCGGCAAGAUCUACAACUACAGCGACCCCGGCUCGGGCCCGUCCAUCAAGGACAAGUACGUGACGGCGCUCUACUUCACCUUCAGCAGCCUGACCAGCGUGGGCUUCGGGAACGUCUCGCCCAACACCAACUCCGAGAAGAUCUUCUCCAUCUGCGUCAUGCUCAUCGGCUCGCUCAUGUACGCCAGCAUCUUUGGGAACGUGUCUGCGAUCAUCCAGCGCCUGUACUCGGGCACGGCCCGCUACCACCUGCAGAUGCUGCGUGUGAAGGAGUUCAUCCGCUUCCACCAGAUCCCCAACCCCCUACGCCAGAGGCUGGAGGAGUACUUCCAACAUGCAUGGACCUACACCAACGGCAUUGACAUGAACAUGGGCUUCCCUGAGUGUCUGCAGGCGGACAUCUGCCUGCACCUGAACCAGACGCUGCUGGAGGACUGCAAGGCCUUCCGGGGCGCCACCAAGGGCUGCCUGCGCGCGCUGGCCAUGCGCUUCAAGACCACGCACGCGCCGCCCGGCGACACGCUGGUGCACUCCGGCGACGUGCUCACCGCACUCUACUUCCUGUCGCGCGGCUCCAUCGAGAUCCUCAAGGACGAUGUGGUGGUGGCCAUCUUGGGAAAGAACGACAUCUUUGGUGAGAUGAUCCACCUGUACGCCAAGCCUGGGAAAGCCAACGCAGACGUGCGCGCACUCAGCUACUGCGACCUGCACACCAUCCAGCGCGAGGAGAUCCUGGAGGUGCUGGACAUGUACCCCGAGUUCGCCGACCACUUCCUGUCCAAUCUGGAGCUGACCUUUAACCUGAGGGAUGACAAUUCCAAGGGCACUUACCCUCAGGCCAGCGACUCUGACGGAGAUGAGGUGAAGGUUCGGAGAAAGCCCUCUUACAGGAGGAGGCGCUCCACAGGUACACAGAGUCGAGGAACAGGGAGCGAUCCGGAGCGCGAGACAGAGAAGCGACGAGAGGAGGAGAGAAAAGACAGGAGAGACUCAGUGCCUGAGAGCGAAGGGAAAGAAGAAGAAGACGAAGAGGAGGAAGAGGAGGAGGGGGAAGAGGAGCAGAGGCCGCUGUGUUCGGGAGGGCAGGAGCGAGUUCUACCCCUCGGCCUGGAGCACUCCCCCCCUGAACCACUAGCCACUGAGGGGCUGGACAGGACCCAGUCUUACAGAGAUGUGUGCCCUGAAGAAUGGCCUUCUGGGAAGGGCCAGGAGUUCCUGGAGGACUCCGCACAAGCCCAUGACUCCAG